AUGUCCUUCAACAUUGAAUUACAGGAUUCUACGUUUGAUCCCUCCGAGUUACUUUCUACAUUAGCAAGCGAAGCAACUGAAAUAAUACAGUCCCCAGAAAUAGUACCCGAAGAAAAUUCUCAAUGCGACUUAGCUAAAAAAGUUAAAAGUCAAGUUUGGAAUUAUUUUACAACCCCGGCUGUUUCGUCCGAUGGAAAAACUCGUAAAACAAAAUGCAAACUUCCUGGAUGUGGUAAAGAAUAUAAAUAUAGUGGCUCACCUUCAAAUUUAAGAUAUCAUUUGAGGAAUGGUCAUGAUAUUAUCGUAAAUGCAAAUUCAAAAAGACUAGCUCAGAGUCAUACCAUAAGUCACAAGAGAUCUAAAAAAACAAGCCCAUCUAGAAAAAAUGAUUUUUCACUUACUGUAGAUUCAGAUUUUUAUCGAUUAAUUAAAUCAAAAAAUUCUCAAUAUCACACCUCUGAAUUUAUCGAUUCACAAAUAAUACACUUUUACGAUCAAUUGUUUCCUAAGUUAAAGAAUAUACUUCGUGAUGCUGAAUCCGUGGCAUUAGCAAUCGAGUCUAUUAAAAUUGAUAGCUGUUAUUAUACGAAGAUAACUUGUCAUUGGCUUUCUGAUGAUUUUCAGCUUUGUGAAAUUUUUCUGGAUAUUAUUCCAAUCCCGAAGCAUAUCGGUAAGGAUGACAUUUUCAAAAGCAUUAAAGGAGUUUUGAAUGUAUGGGAGAUAAACGAUAAAGUUAUAUCAAUAACCAGAGAAAAAUAUUUUUCAAAGGAUCAUAUAUCAGAUGCAAUUAAUAAUUUUGAAGAUGUUAUACAUUUGCAUUGUAACUAUCUUAUAAAACUUUUAUUGGCGACAAUUUUUGAUAGAGAACUCGAAUUUUUGGAUGAGUCGCAUAAAAAAUUAUUAGAAAAAGAAAUGGAUUAUAUUAUGGAUGAAGCAAAGAAAAUCGGUAUCAAUGCAAAAAAUUCCAAAAAGCUGAUGACUUAUCUGAUUAGACAUGAGCAAGAAUUUCUUAAAGAAGCACUUCGAGGAAAUAAAAAUCAUAACAUUGAAGAUCUGCUAAAAUACAUUAAUGACAAACUAAUAUUUAUAUUUUAUGUAUUAGAAUAUAUAGUAAUAUUGGAAGCCCCGAUUCGACAGUGGAUCACUGUAUUAAUCAACAGCCCUGAAACUACAUCUAAAGGAAACUGGAUAAAUAGUUUAAUGCCAGAUACUACAGUGAUCAGAUUCUUCAAUAAUUUGAAUCUAUGUUUUACAUUUUUAAGAAAUGCUAUGCGAAAGCUUGAUGAUGCUAAAAAUACGUUUUAUACUUUAGCAAUUGAAUUUUUACGUUUGGGGGAAUAUAUAUGGGAAUACGAUCAAAAAUUCGAAGAACGUAUUAAACAAAACCAACUUGUCAUAGACGAGAUUCUUACAAAAUUAUUUAUAGAUGAUAUGUACUCCUUUUUAAGAAUUUGUUUUGAUUAUAUACACUGUAAAAUUGCAUUUUUUGAUCCAUAUACAAAAAAUGCGCUAAAAGAUAAAAAUGAAAUGGACAAAUUGCGUCAAGAUAUUGAGUCAGAAUAUUUAGAAUUGUGUGCAAGAACACAAAACACAUCAUCAAAUUCUGGAUUGGUGAUGAGUUCUAAGCACUUUAGAAAUUUAGGAGACUAUGAAUUUGAAAGAUACAAUAUAUUAUCAUUACAUAGUCAAAAUGAACGCAUUAAUCCUAUUGAGUGGUGGCGUAUACACAAAGAUGAAUUUCCUGUUAUGGCCAAACUUGCACAAAAAUAUUUAGCCAUUCCUGAAAUAUGCUGUUCUUUUGAAGGAUCUCAUAAAACAAGAUACAAAAAAUUAAAAGCAUUGUUUGAUGAUUUCCCAAACUUUGACAUAGUUCGAAGAUACGAAUUUUUGGAGCAUAAUAAGGAUUACUUAUGUUAUGUGAUAGAAAUUUGA